AUGAGCCGUUCAAGGCAUAUGGGCAAGAUCCGGAAACGCCUGGAAGAGGUCAAGAACCAGUGGGCCCGGCCAGCCAGGGCAGACCUGAAUGACAAUGAAAGUGCCCGGCUGGCCACAGAUGCCCUCUUGGAUGGUGGUCCUGAGGCCUACAGGCGGGCUCUCAGCCAGGAAGGUGAGGUGGACUUCCUGUCCUCAGAGGAGACCCAGUACAUUCAGGCCCAGGCCAAGGAGCCCCCCUGCAUCCCAGAGCCCUCCAGAGGGAGCGAGGCAGGUCUCAGAGGACAGGACUCAGCCUCCCUGCAGUCGGGUACCUAUUUCCCUGUGUCCUCCGAGGACAGUGAGCCAGCCCUGCUGCACACCUGGGCUUUGGCCGAGAAGCCUUACCUGAAGGAGAAGUCCAGUGCCACCGUGUACUUGCAGACAGACAAGCACAACAACAUCAGGGACCUGGUGCGACGCUGCAUCACCCGGACCAGCCAGGUCCUGGCUAUCCUCAUGGACGUGUUUACGGAUGCUGAGAUCUUCUGUGACAUUCUAGAGGCGGCCAACAAGCGCGGGGUGUUCGUCUGUGUGCUCCUGGACCAGGGAGCCGUGAAGCUUUUCCAGGAGAUGUGUGACAAAGUACAGAUCUCUGACAGUCACCUCAAGAACAUCUCCAUCCGGAGCGUACAAGGAGAGGUGUACUGUGCCAAGUCAGGCAGGAAAUUCGCCGGCCAAAUCCGGGAGAAGUUCAUCAUCUCAGACUGGAGAUACGUGCUGUCCGGAUCAUACAGCUUCACCUGGCUGUGCGGACAUGUCCACCGGAACAUCCUCUCCAAGUUCACAGGCCAAGCGGUGGAACUAUUUGACGAGGAGUUCUGCCACCUCUACGCCUCCUCCAAGCCGGUGAUGGGCCUGAAGUCCCCCAGACUGGCCACACCGCUGCAGUCCAGAGUGGGCCCCAGUCCCCACCGCGGCCCCCUGAGUGACGAUAGCAGCUCAACCAGUGACCGAACGUCCUCCAACCCUUUCAGCAGCCCGUCGACUGGCAGCAACCCUCAGAACCAGAGUCUGUCCGUGUCCUCGGGGCCCAGCAGCCCUCUGGUCCCAAACCCACCUGCUGCCUCCAGGCUCCAGCCCUACCAUGGCCCAUGGGGAGCCUCUUCAGCACAGGCCCCUUUCUCCGCGAGGCCUUUAGACAGCCCCCCGGUGCUCUACAGUAACCUCAAUACCUACAGGCCCACGCGGCUACAGCUGGAACAGCUGGGCCUGGUGCCCAGGCUGACCCACACCUGGAGGCCCAUUCUGCAGGUCUCACCACACUUCUGA